AUGUUUCUCUCCAAAAUCUUGCUAGCACGUGCCCCGAGGCAGCACCGUACACUCCACUCGUACGCCCUCCUCUUCAAAUCGUACCAAUCCGCUUUCUCGAUUUCCGUGCGAGACGGCCGUGUCGAGUUAUCCGAGUCGAGUCCCGGGCCCACGAGCCCGGCCCGAACUGCCAGCUCGGACAUUUGCUUAGCCUUCUCCGAGAAAGAGAGUCUUCGCCACGUCACCCUAUCUCGUCGCUCGACGGGUGAAAAGCUCUGCCUUCCCCCUCCGAACUUCGCCGGCCGCCCGAAAACGAUACGCAUGGCUUUAUGGGGAGCCGCGAAAGCUCGGUUUUCUUCCGCGGGAAAAUUGCAUAAAGUGGUUCUCUGCUUUCCUCCCGAUCAACACGAAGCCGUGAAGGCGGACGAGUUUCAUAUACUCUCCGUAGGAGAAGGCUCGUGGAGAGUCGUGUCGUUUGAGCCUCGCGUGUCCGAAACGAGUCCGGUUUUGAUUACCGAAGGUUUCAUGCAUUGGUGCACGAAAAACGAUGAGAAGGUGUUGAGCAUGAAUUUGGAGACGGAGGUUUUUACGGAGAGUUUCGGGCCUAAUUGCCCUAAUAAUAUUAAUAAUAAUGUGGCGAGAAAGGACUUUCAGAACACUUAUUUGUCGACCGGGAAGUAUUUGUCUUUGUUGCGACAAUGUGGGGAGUUUGUGUGGGAGGUUUGGGAGAUGAGUCCUGACACGUUCGCGUGGAGAAAGAUGGGAGAUUUUUCGUUGGAGGGUCAGAAAAGACAAUAUUUCGAGUCAAAAAGUUGUGAUGGGGCCGUAAAACCGGUUGGGUGGGUUAAGUACUUGGAGGUUUUGGUCCUAAGUACUAAUAUCACGAGCGAUCGAAAUGUUUUGGUGUACAAUCUCGUCACGCAGGAAAUGAAGGAAAUCGAGCUGCCGACGAGGGAUAUUCGUCGUCGACCGGAGGACGAGCGGUUUCCUGAUCGCGGAGGGCUGGGCGAUCGCGAUCUGCACGGCUUGGGUAGAGGUGAUCCCCGUCGUCGCCAUCCUGUGUUCCAGCGGGAGGACGACUUCUUCGACGGGGAUGAUGAACAGGGUGUCGGUUGGCAUCACAGGCGACGACCGCUAGGGUUCCAGCGGGGCGGUGUUGAUGAGGACGAGCUGAGACUUUAUGAACAGGGUUUUGACGAGGAGGAUUUUCUCAGGCAGGAUAUGAGGGAUUUUGGCCAUGGUCCACCGCGCAGGGGUGGUGUUGGUGGCCGCGACGCAGCUGCGAGGGGUUUGCAUGCUCGACGUGAGGGUAGGCGCCCGAUUGGAUGUGGCGAUGAGUCGCGUGGUGACCUAGGGUUUCGUGUGGACAUUCCGGAGUUUACGGGAGGAGUCGACGGCUCUGACUUCCUUGAUUGCUCUUCGGGACUCUUCUUUGGUGUUAUUAUUGGUUGGGACUGA